AUGGCUCGCCUUGAUCUCAACGAGGUUCAUAAGCUUUGCAUGCAGAAGGGCAGAGGUGAAUCGGCAGAGCAACAGCCCGAUCGCUCGUCCGAGUCCAGACAUGGAAUCUUCGGGAAGGGUCAACCUGACUGGCGAGGGCGGCAUUUGAAUCAACCACGCGGCACAAAGCAAAUGCCUGACUCGAUCGAUGCACUGCUUGGUUCGGUCUAUGCAAGGUCGGCUCAGAUCGGUCAAUUGCUUUUCGCCAGCAGGAAUCCGUCGGUCGGAUAUGCAGAAACCACCGUCAACAUGGCCACCCCUUCGCUGGGAGCAGGCCAGAUCGCCUCGCCCGUCAACGGCCAGGUCGCCCUCUUCCCCCCCGCAACUAGCCCUCCUCUCGGUCAAGAGGACAGCACCGAGAUGGUUCUCGAACUUGCCGACGGCACCGCCUACCGAGGUAUCAGCUUCGGUGCCGAAGGCAAGUCCGUCUCUGGUGAAUGUGUCUUCCAGACUGGUAUGGUUGGCUACGUCGAGUCGAUCACCGACCCUUCGUACGAGGGUCAGAUCCUCGUCCUCACUUUCCCCCUCGCCGGCAACUACGGUGUGCCCAGCCGGGAGGAAGCUGCGAAGAGCAUUCAAAAGCUCCUCGCCUCUCCUUUCGAGUCGAGCCGCAUUCACGUGGCCGGUCUCGUCGUGUCGUACUACAGCCACGAGUUCAGCCACUACCUCGCCCAGACCGGCCUGUCGGACUGGCUCAAGGAGAGCGGCGUGCCCGCCAUCUACGGCAUCGACACCCGAGCUCUGACCAAGAAGAUCCGCAACCAGGGUAGCAUGCUCGGCAAGCUUCUCAUGCCUCAGCCUGGCGCUUCCAUCGCCGACGCUGCUGCUGCCGGUGACUGGCGCAAGGUCGUCGUCGAUCUCCCCUUCGCCGACCCCAACGCCCAGAACUUGGUCGCGCGCGUCUCGUGCAAGAAGCCUCAGCUUUACACUCCUGCCAACACCGCUUCCGGCGAGUCGCUCGGCAAGUUUGAGGCCCCUCUCCUCCACCCUUCCGGUCGUCCCAUCCGCAUCCUCGCCCUCGAUGUUGGCAUGAAGUACAACCAGAUCCGAUGCUUCACCUCGCGCGGUGUCGAACUCAAGGUCGUCCCUUGGGAUUACGACUUCCUCGCCGAGCCGGAGGCCUUUGACGGUCUCUUCAUCUCCAACGGUCCCGGUGACCCUGUCUCGUGCGGUCCCACCAUCGCCCGCAUCGCCGAGCUGCUCAAGCUGAAGGGUGCCAACAUGAUCCCCGUCUUUGGUAUCUGUCUCGGUCACCAGCUGCUGGCUCUCGCCGCCGGCGCACAGACCGAAAAGCUCAAGUUCGGUAACCGUGGCCACAACAUCCCCUGUACCGACCAGAUCAGCGGCCGCUGCUACAUCACUUCCCAGAACCACGGUUACGCCGUCAACGCCGACACCCUUCCCGCCGGCUGGAAGCCUCUCUUCUCCAACGCCAACGACGACACCAACGAAGGAAUCUACUGCACCGAAGGCCCCUUCUUCAGUGUCCAGUUCCACCCCGAAAGCACGCCUGGUCCUCGCGACACCGAAUUCCUCUUUGACGUCUUCAUCCGCAGUGUCGUCGACUGUGCCGCUGUCAAGGCUGCUCCCGGCGCCACCCCUGCCACCAUCUUGCCCCCCGUUGGCUUCACAGGCGGUCUCCUCGCCGACAACGCUGCUGCUGUGCCGCGUGUCCACGUGCGCAAAGUGCUUGUCCUCGGUUCCGGUGGUCUCAGCAUCGGCCAGGCUGGUGAGUUCGACUACUCCGGUUCGCAGGCCAUCAAGGCGCUCAAGGAGGAAGGCAUCUACACCGUGCUCAUCAACCCCAACAUCGCCACCAUCCAGACCUCGUCCGGUCUGGCCGACAAGGUCUACUUCCUGCCCGUCACUCCCGAAUUCGUACUCAAGGUCAUCGAGCACGAGCGUCCCGAUGGUAUCUACUGCACCUUCGGUGGUCAGACGGCACUCAACGUCGGUAUCAAGAUCAAGGACGAGCUGCCCAAGAUGGGUGUGCGUGUACUUGGUACACCCAUCGAGACCAUCAUCACCACCGAGGACCGUGAUCUCUUCGCCAGGGCCAUGGAACAGAUCGGCGAAAAGUGCGCUCCCUCUGCCGCCGCCAACAACUGGGACGAGGCUCUCGCUGCCGCCCAAUCGAUCGGCUUCCCCGUCAUUGUUCGCGCUGCUUUCGCCCUCGGCGGUCUCGGCUCCGGUUUCGCCAACAACGUCGAGGAGCUCCGCAAGCUCUGCGCUGCUGCCUUUGCCAACUCGCCCCAGGUGCUCGUCGAAAAGUCGAUGAAGGGCUGGAAGGAGGUCGAGUACGAGGUGGUUCGCGAUUGCCGCAACAACUGCAUCACCGUCUGUAACAUGGAGAACUUUGACCCUCUCGGUGUCCACACCGGUGACUCGAUCGUCAUCGCUCCCUCGCAGACGCUCAGCGACGACGACUACAACAUGCUCCGAACCACCGCCGUCAACGUCAUCCGCCACCUUGGUGUCGUCGGAGAGUGCAACAUCCAGUACGCGCUCAACCCGCACAAGCGCGAGUACUGCAUCAUUGAGGUCAACGCCCGUCUCUCGCGAUCGUCGGCGCUCGCUUCCAAGGCCACCGGAUACCCCCUCGCCUUCAUCGCUGCCAAGCUGGGUCUCAACAUUCCUCUCAACGAGAUCCGCAACAGCGUGACGCGCGAGACGAGCGCCUGCUUCGAGCCUUCGCUCGACUACGUCGUCACCAAGUUCCCUCGUUGGGAUCUGCGCAAGUUUGUGCGUGUCAGCAGCAAGCUUGGCUCUUCCAUGAAGAGUGUCGGUGAAGUCAUGAGCAUCGGUCGCACGUUCGAGGAGUCCAUCCAAAAGGCCAUCCGGUCGGUCGACUAUGCCCACGAUGGAUUCAGCCAGAACGACAUUGUCGCCGACGACGAGAUCGACGAGGAGCUCACCAACCCCACCGACAGGCGCAUGUUUGCCAUUGCUAACGCCAUGGCCAAGGGCUACUCGGUCGACAAGAUCCACCAGAUGAGCAACAUCGACCGAUGGUUCCUCAGCAAGCUCAUGCGCAUCAUGAAUGCCCACAAGGUGUUUGCCUCGCACAAUGCCGCCAGCUUCCCGGUCUCCAUGCUUCGUCAGGCCAAGCAGCUUGGUUUCUCUGACAAGCAAUUGGCUAAGGCGCUCAACUCGACCGAGCUUGCCGUCCGAAAGAUGCGCCAGGAGCACGCCAUCAUGCCCUUUGUCAAGCAGAUCGACACGGUGGCUGCCGAGUUUCCGGCUUACACCAACUACCUCUACACCACCUACAACGCCGUCGAGCACGACGUUAACUUCGCCGACAAGGGUGUCAUGGUGCUAGGUUCCGGCGUUUACCGUAUCGGCUCGUCGGUCGAAUUCGACUGGUGUGCCGUGCGCGCCAUCCGAACCCUGCGCCAGCGCGGUUUCAAGACGAUCAUGGUCAACUACAAUCCCGAGACGGUCUCGACCGACUACGACGAGGCCGAUCGCCUGUACUUUGAGAACAUCUCGCUCGAGACCGUGCUCGACAUCUAUGACACCGAGCAGUCGGCUGGUGUCAUCAUGUCGAUGGGUGGUCAGACGCCCAACAACAUUGCGCUGCCCUUGUACCGCCAGAACGUCAAGGUCCUUGGCACUUCGCCCGAGAUGAUCGACAUGGCCGAGAACCGAUACAAAUUCUCGCGCAUGCUCGACAAGAUUGGAGUCGACCAGCCCAUGUGGAAGGAGCUCACCAGCUUCGAGGAGGCCCAGUCUGCCUGUGCCCGCUUCGGCUACCCUGUGCUGGUGCGACCCUCGUACGUGCUCAGUGGUGCCGCCAUGAACGUCGUCUACUCGCCCGAAGAUCUCAACAGCUACCUGUCGCAGGCCGCCGCCAUUAACCGCGAGCAUCCCGUCGUCAUCACCAAGUACCUUGAGGGUGCCAAGGAGAUCGAGAUGGACGCCGUCGCCAAGGAUGGUCGAUUGAUGAUGCACUACAUCUCGGAGCACGUCGAGAACGCCGGUGUCCACUCCGGUGAUGCUACCCUAAUCCUGCCCCCGCAAGAUUUGGACCCCGAGACGGUUCGCCGUAUCGAGGUGGCCACUGCCAAGAUCGCUGCCUCGCUCCACAUCACGGGUCCCAUGAACAUUCAGUUCAUCGCCAAGAACAACGACAUCAAGGUCAUUGAGUGCAAUGUUCGUGCGUCGCGAUCGUUCCCCUUCGUCAGCAAGGUCACUGGUGUCGAUGCCAUCCAGAUGGCUACCGAUCUGAUGCUCGACCUGCCCGUCGAGGCUUACCCUCCGGUCGACCUGCCCCGCAACUACGUCGGUGUCAAGGUGCCCCAGUUCAGUUUCAGCCGUCUUGCUGGCGCUGACCCGAUUCUCGGCGUCGAGAUGGCCUCGACCGGUGAGGUGGCCUGUUUCGGUCGCGACAAGUACGAGGCCUACCUAAAGGCCAUGAUCGCUUCCGGAAUCCGCCUCCCUACCAAGAACGUCUUGCUCAGCAUCGGUUCGUACAGCGAGAAGCAGGAGCUGCUGCCCGCUGUGCGCACGCUGCACCAGCUUGGCUUCACCCUGUACGGCUCGUCCGGUUCCGCCGACUUCUACUCGGAGCAAGGCAUCCCCGUCAUCCACCUCGAGGCGCUUCCCGAGGACGACGAGUCCAAGUUCGAGGACACCGCCAAGGCAUCCUACUCGCUGCUCACGCACUUGACCCAGGGUCUCUCGUCGCUCUUCAUCUCGCUGCCAAGCAAGAACAAAUACCGUCGUCCCGUGUCGUUCACCUCGAUGGGCUACCGCGCCCGUCGAUUGGCGAUCGACCGAUCCAUUCCGCUCAUCACCAACGUCAAGAACGCCAAGCUCUUUGUCGAGGCGCUUGCUCGUCACCGCAAGGCGGGCUCCAGCUUCGACAUUUCGCCCGUCGACUUCAAGACCAGCCACACCGCCUUCACCCUGCCCGGUCUCAUCAACGUCAACGCGUUCGUGCCCAGCAUCGCUGACGGCCAGGUGAGCGCUGAAGAGCUUGCUGCCAUCACUCGCGCCUCGAUUUCCGGUGGUUUCACCACGAUCCAGGUCAUGCCCGCCGGUGUCUCAUCGAGUGUCGUCGAUGCUGCCUCGCUCGCCAACGCCGAGAGCAAGAUCGCUGGUGGCGCUCACUGCGAUGUCUCGCUCGGUGUUUCUGCUACCGCCGGCAACCACGAAUCGAUCGACCAGCUCGCCGACAGCGCUCGCUCGCUGCUCAUCUCGUUCAACGGUCUCGGUUCCAACGUCAGUAAAGCUGCCACUAUCGCGUCUCAUUUCGCCUCGUGGCCUGCGGACCGCCCGAUUGUCACUGAUGCGCGCAACACGGACCUCGCGUCGGUGCUGCUGCUGGCCAGCCUGAACAACCGCUCGAUCCACGUCACCAACGUGCUUUCGCGCGACGACAUCCACCUGAUCGCGCUCGCCAAGGCCAAGGGUCUGCAAGUGACCUGCGACGUUGCCGUCUACGCGCUCUUCUUCACCACCGAGAUGUACCCUCAGGCCACCUGCCUGCCCUCGGCGGAUGACCAGAAGGCGUUGUGGGAGAACCUGGACGACAUUGACAUGUUCUCGAUCGGCAGUACGCCUUACCAGCUCGCCAAGGAGAUCGGCGAAGUGGCUGCGCCGCAGUCGGGUAUCGAAGAGACGCUCUUGCUGCUGCUCGACGCUGUCAACGAGCACCGAUUGACGCUCGACGACAUCUUGCUCAGGCUCUACACCAAGCCCAAGGAGAUCUUUGGCGUCCAGGCACAGGCCAACACGCAGGUCGAGAUCGAGAUCGACCGACCUACCGCGUUCGUGCGCCGCGACCACUGGUCGCCGCUCGAGUCGCGUGCCACGGUGGGCUCGAUCAACCGUGUGACGCUCAAGGGCAAGACCGUGUUCGUCGAUGGCGAGGUGCUUUCGGAUGCCUCGUUGGGCAGCAAUGUGAGCAGCGUCGCUACGGUGGCUAAGCAGGCCAAGGCUGCCGGUCGCCGCGUUUCGUUCUCUGCCACUGCGGCCGCUGGCUCUGGUGUGGUGUCGACGCAAGACGCGCCCACCUCGCCUCCACCUCUGUCGCUGGGUCUCAAGUCGCCAGUGCUGGGCUCGACCGAGCCCGCUCAGCCUCGCAGCGGCAGCUUGAUGGCGGCGUUCGCCAACGAAUCGACGGCUCUGUCCGUGGCGCCCUCGGCACCCGCGUUGGGAUCGGUGCUGUACCACCCCACCUUUGCGCGACGACACAUUCUUUCUGUCAAGAACUUCACGCGUGACGACCUGCACGCUCUGUUCUCGGUUGCCACCGAGAUGCGCGUUAUGGUCGAGCGUCAGGGCUCAGUGGACCUGCUGCGUGGACGCGUUCUUGCUACGCUGUUCUACGAAGAGUCGACACGAACGUCGUGCUCCUUCGAGGCCGCCAUGCUCCGUCUGGGCGGCCAAGUUGUCAAGGUGCAGCCGGACAAGUCGUCUGUGCAGAAGGGCGAGUCGAUCCCGGACACGAUCCGCACCCUGGGCUGCUACGCGGACGCGGUGGUGAUGCGACACCCUGCGGCUGGCAGCGUGCACCUGGCUGCCAAGCACUCUCCUGUUCCGGUCAUCUCGGGAGGCGAGUCGUCUAUCGAACACCCUACGCAAGCUCUGCUGGACACGUUCGCCAUCCGAGAAGAGAUGGGUACCGUGGCUGGACUUACGAUCACCAUGGUGGGUGACCUCAAGUACGGGCGCACGGUGCACAGCCUUGUUCAGCUGCUGUGCCUGUACGGCGUGACUGUCAACUACGUCAGCCCCGAAUCGCUCAAGAUGCCGGAAGACGUCAAGCAGGCGGUGGCACGCAAGGGCAUCAAGCAGUACGAGUCGACCAAGCUCACGGACGACAUUCUCGCUCGCACCGAUGUGCUCUACGUCACUCGUGUACAGAAGGAGCGUUUCCCCGACCUGGCAUCGUACGAAGCGGUCAAGGACAGCUACGUGGUGGACAAUGCGACACUGUCCAAGUGCAAGUCGACCACCAUCGUCCUGCACCCCUUGCCCAAGAACAACGAGCUGGCGGACGACCUCGAGUACGAUCCUCGUGCAGCUUGGUGGCGACAGGUCAAGUACGGACUGUACCUGCGCAUGGCCCUGCUUGCCAUGGUCCUUCCCCAGCGCUCUUGA